AUGUCUCCACCUCAGAUAUCCGUGGAUAUUGCCAUGACCUUAAUUAGGAAUGGCGAUACUGAUUUUCUCAUCGGCUACAGAAAUUCGAUCCCUGAUCCAAGAUACUUGUCAAUGGAGCAAAGAAAGGACGUCACCCCCGCUGUAUUGGAAAUGCCGAGCCUCAUAAAUUCAUUUACUUUCAUUUCAGAAAGGUCGAUGACUCAUUGGACAGAAAUGUUGGAGUGUUGUAACCUUAUCAUUGAAAAGAAUAUUUUGACUCAGGGGACCAUCGAUGAUGACGAUGAUGAAGAUGAUGGAGAGGAUGGAAAUGAGGUUAACAACGCCACUCAAACUGCUCUCGUAUCUUCCUCCAACAUCCCUGUUGGAUCAGCAAUUCUGAACCCAGAAUUAAGCUCUGUUUCCACACAUAGCGGUUCGAUAAUCCUACACUCCCUAUUCAUUGGCCCCCUAGUGGUUGAUCCUCAAGCAUUGAGUAUACCUGCAGAAGUUGAAUCGUUGAAUCUUAACGACGACCUUGAUGUAAUGGAGUUUGAGCUCCUUAAUUCUGUCAACAAUGAGGGCUAUGGAGGGUGUUCAUUGCUAUAG